CUCUCAGAAAAUGUUUGUCAUAUUUUGUUUUCUGUUGAUGAUCAGAGUCGGACGCUGCAUAGAUGAUCAGAAGUUUGAUGUAAAGACUGUUGCUGCUCAAGAAAAUGUGACUUUGACGUGUCCUCGUGAGAAACGCUUGGAUGAUGAGAAGCUUUACUGGAUUAGAAUCAUUUCUGGUCACCAGCCUGAAUUCUUGGGAAGAACGUUUGUCUUUGAUUAUGAAGAAGUUAAUCAGACUCCUCAUUUUACAACCAAACAAGGACCUGGAACUUUUAUUUUGCACAUUCAUCAAACUCAGAUCAGUGACACUGGACUUUACUACUGCAUCGGAGCUGAAACGCUUAAAAUGAUCUUUUUGAGAGGAGUCUUUCUCAAAGUUGAAGGACCCCAAUCUUCCAUCUCUGGCAUCAUUCAAGCUCCUCCGUCUGCUGCGGUCCAUCCAGGAGAGUCGGUGUCUCUGCAGUGUUCGGUCCUCUCUGACUCUGAGAAGAAAACAUGUUCAGAAGAUUACAGAGUUCACUGGUUCAGAGCAGGAUCACAUCAAUCUCACCCCAGUUUCAUUUAUACUCAUGGAAACAAUGCAGAGUGUGGAAACUCUUCCCAGAAAUGUUUCUAUAACUUCUCUAAGAAGGUCAGUGUAUCUGAUGCUGGUACUUAUUACUGUGCUGUGGCUGCAUGUGGAGAGGUCAUGAUUGGAAAUGGAGCAAAACUGGACAUUAAAGAUUCCAACAAAAGACCUUUGAAUCACACAGAAAUAGCUCUUUGUAUUGUCUGUGCUGCUUUGGCUGCAAGUGUGACUGUUUCAGUCUAUCUCAUUUGGACCAUCAAGAACAAGAAUUGUAACUGUGAGAGAUGA